GGCAUCAUCGGCUCCCACUUAAUCUGGGGUAUACAUUUGGGGGCGAGCAUUUGUCAGAUCGAGAAUUGACAGUUAUCAUCCAUGUGUAUAGCAAAACAAUAAGAAUCAUCCAGCCCCAUUGUCAUUGAACUGAGCAAUCUCAAUUCCGUAUUUUGAAGAAAGCGAUACUCUGCACCUGCUUUGAGCACUUGUGAUUGCCGUAUAUCUGCCUGUUAGGAAGGAACGAUACCCCGCACAAACAAACGACUGGAUUUGGAUCAAGCUCAGGCUGUUCAACCAAGUCACUGCCUGAUCCAUACGGAUCUCUGCUGUAUUUUGCGCGAGUAUCAGAAAGAACGAGCAAUAAAUACAUUCCAGCCAGUCAUGGCAACCACCGGCAGUUUCCGCUAUCUCGACCCGAGCACGCUCGGAAACACCGACAGCGGAAAGCCAUGGAGCAAGGUGGACGUCGACGCCACCUCGUGGAAGCGCAUUUCGAUUGAGCGCCCCGUACAUGACAUGCGCGCCGAGGGUCUUGAAAACUUCACCACCGACAACUGCGGAUUCUCAGUUUUCCAUCACCCAGCCGCCGAGAAAGAUUUUACCGACGACAAGGCCGUCCGCGGGGGUUAUUACUCCGAGGUCGAGUCUCUGCUCAAGGAGAAGCUGCCAGGCAUCAAGAAGAUUGUCAUAUUCGACCACACCAUCCGCCGUCGGACACCGGACAGUCCCCGACAGCCUGUGCAAGCUGUCCACGUCGACCAGACUCCCGCUGCAGCGGAGACGAGGCUACGUCGUCACGUCACGGAUCCUGCCGAGGCUGAGGAGCUGAUCAAGGGCCGGUACCAGAUUAUUAACGUCUGGCGGCCUAUAGGAUGGCCGGCGUCUGAUUACCCCCUUGCUGUGAUUGAUUGGCGCUCCACGGAACCCAAGGACCUGGUCGCUGUUGAUCUUCUGUACCCGAAGCGCCAGGAGGGGGAGGACGACGACGACCGCGGCAAGGAGGUUCUCGCAGACCCUGCAUCUUUGGCUAGCAUGGAGGGGUAUGAAGUCAGAGGCGAAACUUACGCCAUCGCUCCUAAUGACAAGCACAAAUUCUACUACGCCAAGGAUAUGACCCCAGACGAAGUCAUGUUUAUCAAAUGCUUCGAUUCGAGGAGCGAAGGGCGGCCAAACGGGCGGGAGGGUCUGGCCGCACUGACUCCGCAUACGGCCUUUGUCGAUCCUGCCACGCCGCCCGACGCUAAGGGUAGGCAGAGCAUAGAAGUGCGCUGCUUGGUGUUUUACGACCAAGUCUAAAUGAACCCUGUUCCGCCACGAGUCCUACAUGUUCCAUCUUUUUGGAUAAGUUUCUUGUUUUUGGCAGUUAGAACCACAUCAACGAACCUUGAGCUCC